AUGACCCCCCACUCGCCGCCUGCGAAUGCAAGUGGUUAUUCAAACAAACGAGCAAGGCAUAGUCCUCCUGAGUCUUCUAGUACAUCUGCUGCGGUAGCCAAAAAUGAUAGUCCGAAAAUUCAAUCAGAGGAUAUUGUGCAUGCAGAACCAUUGCUGGUGAAGGUUGAGGGACCUGUGGGUGCUAAGACGGGACAAAGUAGCAGUUUUCGCAAUGUGAGCGCGUGCAAUAGGUGUCGGUUGAGAAAGAAUAAAUGCGAUCAGAAUUUGCCCAGCUGUGCGAGUUGUGAGAAGGCGGGGCAUAAGUGUGUGGGCUAUGAUCCAAUCACUAAGAGGGAAAUACCUAGGAGUUAUGUAUACUAUUUGGAGACGAGAACAGCACAUCUCGAAUCCUUGCUACUACAAAAUAAUAUCGCAUUUGCGCCAGCUGAAGUCCUAGAACACUCUCCAAAGCCAGGGACGGAUCCUGCAGCGGUACAUACUCCCAGUGACGAUGGCAGAUCGGUAUUCAAUGGUGAUUCGGCUCUUGCGCGGAAACAAACGCAGGAUGAAGUGACGUGGAAUAGGAGGCAGGAUGAGUCUGAGAAGGUGAACAAAUUGAUUUCAAACAUUGAGAGUGUUUCUGUGCAAGGGGCUUCAGACAAGAGAUACCUGGGCUCGACAUCCGGAAUAUCGUUUGCAAGAGUGGUAUUCGCAGCGGUGAGAUCUUCGGUAUCGGGCGUGGCUAGUGAUACGAGUGGUGUGAGGCCUUCACGGCCGCCUGGAAAUUCGAAAGCUGCUGCACCAGGGGGAACUUCGAUGCGUGAUUCAUUCUUUGGUUUGCAUACAAAACCUACGAUCAAACAGGCGCCAUUCCCCGAUAAGGAUGUUGGAAAAAGAUUGGUGGACUUUUAUUUCGAGCAUGCAAAUCCACAGAUACCUAUAUUACAUCGAGGAGAGUUCAUGAAAAUGUUUGAGGAGGCGUAUGCGACUGGAGAUAAUAAAAUCCGAAGUCCUCGAGAACUCUAUAUGCUUAACAUUGUGUUUGCUAUUGGUGCGGGAAUCUUCCUUGGUGAUACUGGCAGCGUUCGAGGAGACGCGGAAAAGAAUGUCGAUGAUGGCGAAAAUUCAAAGCGCACGAACAGCGGAAAACAAAGUCAGCCUGAGGAAUAUCACGCGUCAGCAAUCGUUCAUCUCGAGGCGUGCCUCAGCUCUUCAGUCGAUAGAGUCGAUGGCUUUGGUGGGGGAUUGGAGGAAUUACAAGCUGUUUUGCUUCUGGCUGGAUUUGCGCUGCUGAGACCUGUGGCUCCUGGGUUGUGGUACAUCAUUGGAGUGGCGGUUCGGUUAGCAGUUGAUCUCGGUUUACAUUAUGAAGAUGGGAAGGAUACUGAAGUCCCCAUAUUGGAGGCACCUGGGUCGAAAAAAAAAGGAUGCGGAGACAGUGAGGUUACAGCGCGAACAAGAAGAUUGUGGUGGUGCACAUACUCUUUUGAUCGACUUGUUUCGACAUGUGUUGGGAGACCAUUUGGUAUCACCGAUCAAGUGGUCACAACCGAAUUUCCCUCCUUGCUCGACGACAAAUAUAUCACGCCUGCCGGUCUACAGGAUCCUGGGGUUGGUGUAGCAAGUUAUAAACAUGCGGCAUAUCAUUACUUCCGUCUUAGACUACUACAGUCUGAGAUUCUACAAGUAUUACAACAUCAACAGGCACUACAUGUGCGAGCGGGUGGCGCAAAUCUACGCAAUCCUUUCAUGCAUACACAACUUCCAUCUCCGUUUCUGGUGAAAUUCGACAGUUUUCGUUCUUGGCGUAUCGAUAUCGACAAACGUCUCUGGGAAUGGAAGACAUCAGCUCCCACCAAACGGGAGACGGGUGUAGAGUUCUCAGUAGACUUUUUAGAGCUCAAUUAUUGGCAGUGUGUUAUCAUGUUGUAUCGACAAAGUUUGAGUGUACCGCCAAUGUUUGAAGGAGAAUUUAGUACGAGUGAAGAGGUGGAAAGUCCCAGUAUACUCAACGUGGAGCUGAGGGAAGAUGAAGAGAGGGUCUUUUUGAAGGUUGCGGAGGCUGGGCAGAGAGUGCUGAGAUUGUACAGACAGUUGCAUCGCGUGCGACUUGUUAAUUAUACUUUCUUAGCGACGCAUCAUUUGUUUAUGGCUGGGAUAUCAUUUUUAUAUGCUAUUUGGCAUUCUCAGGUUGUCAGGAGUCGAUUGACAAUGGAUGAAGUCGACUUUACAAUACUAGCCGCAACAUCUGUCCUAGGAGAUCUUAUUGAGAAAUGUCCUCCAGCUGAGGCGUGCCGAGAUGCGUUUGACCGCAUGUCCAAAGCUACAGUUCAGAUGUGUAUGUCUACCACUGGUUUUGGUUCUGGGGCCCAACAAGGUCUCCAUUCGAGACGUCCUCAUCAUACUAGUGGCCAACAUCAUUCACAACCCCAACAAGAUGAUUACUUCAAUGCCAAUAGCUCUCGACUUCGAAAACCCCCUCAGACUAGUCGUCCAAAGCCUCAAUUUGACAUGGGUCUCAAUGACCUAUUCACUCCGGAAGCUCCGCCAAUUAGUACAAAAGGACAUUCUAGAGAGACUUCUGGGAACAAUCAACCGAUAGGUGGUUUUCCCGGUGAAAGGCCUAAUUCGAGAAAUAGCAGUGGUUCAGGCAAUGCAGUCAAGAUGGAAUUCGAUGCGUAUAAAAACGAUGCCAACUCAUCCCCCAACUUUGCCAUCACACCUCCAUUUAGUAAUCUUGACAACAACACGAACCUCAAUCCAAAUCUCUUCCCUCCUCAACAAAGUCCUGUCCAAGGAUAUACGUCACUUCCGGGCCAAAAUCAAAAUCCAGAAAUGUAUCAAUAUAAUCCUGACAAUGAAAGUAGUGGCAACAAUAAUGCCUAUAAUUUUGAUUUUCAGAAUACGCCAGGGCUGGGGUUUUUGAAUUAUGCAGGUCCAGGAUAUGGUGGCGUGGGAGAAGCGGGGGAAAAUGAUUGGGAUUUGAGUGGGUUUGAUGCGGAAUUUGGAGAGAACUUUGGGGAUGUUACGACGAUGGGAGGAGUGGGAGCGGGAGGGGGACCGGCGGGUAUAAAUCUACUUGAUGAGUAUUUUUUUGGGACAUAA